GCCCUGUUCAAAGAUGGCCGACGCUUUUUGCUCGUACUCCCGCGCAUGCGCACUAGGAAAAACUGGGCCCUCGUCGUCCUAAGAGGAUGAGUUGAUGGUUUGGAGUCAGCGUCGGAUCUUCGAUAAUUCAAGAUGUCAGAAGGGCCUUCAAGCAGCAAUCCUGGGAACCCCGGCAGCAUCCGGCCCACGCUUAACGCCCCACGAGGGCUGAUAGGAAGGCGACCCACGGCCCCCAUAAAUCCAGGCCGCCUGCCCUCCAUCCGCUCUCGGGACCUUACCCUUGGCGGAGUGAAAAAGAAAACUUUUGCCCCCAACAUAAUUAGCAGGAAAAUCAAAGAAGAGCCAAAAGAGGAUGUUUCUGUCCAGAAAGAGAAGAAGGAGCGUGAUCGAGAUCGGCAGAGAGAUGGUCAUGGACGAGGCAGAGGGAGGCCAGAGGUCAUCCAAUCUCACUCCAUCUUUGAGCAAGGUCCAGCAGAAAUGAUGAAAAAGAAAGGUACCUGGGAUAAGACUGUGGAUGUGUCUGACUUUGGCCCAUCCCACAUCAUCAACAUAAAGAAAGAAAAAAGGGAGACAGAUGAGGAGACCAAGCACAUCUUGCGCAUGCUGGAGAAGGAUGAUUUCAUUGAUGACCCAGGCUUGAAAAAUGACAUUCGAAACAAGCCUGUGCAGCUGCCUCUGGCUCAUUCAGGCUGGCUUUUCAAAGAGGAUGAUCAAGAGGAUGUCAAGCCUUUGCACUCCAGCCCUAAGGAGGAGGAGAUGGAGGUAGAUCUCUCUUCAGUGAAAGUGAAAGAGGAGCCCCAUGAUGAAGAAGAACCACCACCUGCCCUCAGAGCAACUCCUGCAAAGGCACCUCCUCCCUUCCCUCAGGAUGUGUCGGUGGCAGAGCUGCUGCAAAGGUUGAGUCUCUGCAAGGAGGAUGAGUUCCUCUUUCUGCAGCUGCCAGAUACACUACCGGGGCAGCCAUCCACCCAGGACUCCAAAACAGUCAAGACAGAGGUGCAGAAUGAGGAUGGGCAGAUGAUGGUGAUAAAGCAGGAGAAGAACCAGGAAAACAAGGAGGCAGAGAACAUCUGUACCUUAGGGGGCCUGUCUGAAGGGCAGGUUGGGAAGCUGCUGAUCCGCAAAUCAGGGAAGGUGCAACUUGUUCUAGGCAGAAUCACUCUGGAUGUGACCAUGGGGACCCCCUGCUCCUUCCUCCAGGAACUGGUAUCAGUGGGCAUUGGCGACAACAGAAGUGGCGAAAUGAUUGUCCUGGGCCAUGUGAAGCACAAGCUGGUCUGUGCACCAGAUUUUGAAUCCCUGCUGGAACACAAGCAUCGAUAGAGAAGAAGAAUGGCCUGUGGCAAAGGCCUGUGGCAAACUUGCUGAACGUUCCUGGAGAUUUAUUAUAUACAGUGGUGAUGUGGGCUGUCCAGAAGUGCCUUGUUCCUUAGAAGAUGAAUUCAGAGGUGUUCCAAGGAAGACUCUCCUAGACAAGAUCAAUCAUGCUAUAGCGGAAGGGAACUUUGUGACAUCUGGCAGUGCUCAAUCCUCAAGAGUUAGGGGCUGUUCCAGUAGCUGUAGAAGGCAAAAGCUUUGUGCACUGACCUUCACUGGUCUGGUUUAGAGGCAACUUUAUUUGUAGAAUGCUCAUAUUGCCACUGAGCAUAACAAAAAACAGUACACAGUGUGACAUGUGUGAGGCUGGGGUAGAGGUUUGUUGUUCAGUAUCCACUUCCUGCAGAAGAGCAAGGGGAUACUCCUAUUUCAAAUCUCUCUGAGAACUGAAGAUGAAGCCCUUUCUCCCUGGGCUUUUUCAGCCUGAGUGGCUACAGCCAUACACUGCAACAGGAGCAAAGGGGAUUAAAAUGCUGUGGAUGGGUAUGUUCCCAGGGCUUUGCUCUCCCUUCCUCCAGUCAUGGAAGUCAAGUAGAGCAAAAUGUGGGAUUGUACAAAAAUAAAGGUACAGUAUCACUAAUUUGA